AUGGGCGACAGCGUCGUCUGUGUCGCCACCGACACCGCCUGCGCAGACGGCGCAGCGGCCGAGACGGGCCGUGUGUGCGCUGAUGAUGUCAACGGCGUCGCCAAGCAGGAGACGCCCGCAAUCACAGAGGCUGCGCUGACGCCGCCCUACUCGAGUGACGCCUCACCGCGGCACCGCGCAAAGGCCGCCGAGAAGCGUCGCCGCCCCGAGGACGGCGACCCUCGCGAGGCGCCGCCCGCCAGCGCUGCGCCUGCCGUUGCCAGCAUGACCAAGGAACAGUACAAGUACGCAGUGUCCGUGGUGCGGCAGCUGCGCAAGAACAGAGACGCACGGCCGUUCAACCAGCCCGUCGACCCCGUCAAGCUCAACAUUCCGACAUACCCGUCGGUGAUCACUACACCGAUGGACCUCGGGACGAUCGAGAAGAAGCUCGCAGGUAAACUGUAUGCGAGCGUCGAAACGUUCCGGGCAGACGUUGAGCUGGUCUUCAGCAACUGCUUCACAUUCAACGGGGAAGAAAGCGCCAUCUCCGGGAUGGCUAAGACGCUGCAGGGCAUCUUUGAGCGGCAGAUGGAGCAGAUGCCGGGUGCGGACUAUACGGGAGGAGCAAAGGGAGCAAAGAUGAGAAAAAAGUCAGAAACAGAAGCAACAGUAAGCGGAGGAACACAGCGGAUCGGGGGAGUGGCAGACCGGCCGCGGCGGGAAAUCCACCCGCCGCCGCCACGGGACUUGCCAUAUAAUGAGGCGAAGCCGCACCGGCGAAAAAACGCGGCGCAGUUGCAGUUCUGUCGGAACGUAAUUAAGGAGCUGCAGAAGAAGACUCACGAGAGCUAUGCGUUCCCGUUCUACCACCCAGUGGAUGCGGUGGCACUUAACAUCCCCGACUACUACAAGAUUGUCAAGCACCCGAUGGAUAUGUCGACGAUCCAGGGAAAGCUGAACAGCGUGUACAGCACGGCAGAGGAGUUUGAAAGCGACGUGCGGCAGAUGUUCAGGAACUGUUACAAGUUCAACCCGGUAGGGACGCCGGUGUACAACAUGGGGAAACGGCUGGAGGCGGUCUUUGAUAAGAAGUGGCAAGAAAGACCGGUGGACCAGCACGGAUACACGACGGAGGAGUCGGACACGGGGUCGGAGGAGAUGGACGAGAAUGAGGGAAUUGCGCAGCUGGAAAAGCAGCUAGCGAUGAUGUCAGACCAACUGAACGCAAUGAGAAAUAAGCGGGCAAGCAUGAAGGCGAAGAAGGGGAAGCCGAAACGGAGCGGGAAGAAAGGGGGGUAUAGGCAUGAGGAGGAGCAUCUGCGGGUGCUAUCGUUUGACCAGCGAUCGGAGCUGGCACAGAAGAUCAACCAUCUGACGGGGAGCAAGCUGGAUACGGUUCUACGUAUCAUGAAGGAGUCGAUGCCGGAAUUGGAGGAAGUAGGUGACAGGGCUGGAUAUCGACUCGAUGACGCCGCGGACACAGAGCCGGCUGUGGAACUUUGUGAUUUUGAACCAACUGCCAAGCACGCCGAUUGGGGCGGCGAGGGCGAAGCCGAUUGCGCCAAAGAAGAGUCGGACAGUGCUGUCGGAGGCGGAGCAACUACGGCAGAUCCGGCAGCUCGAAAGGCAGCUUUCGAGGCAGCAAGUAUGGUGCGUCGAGUCGGUCGGGGAGCGAGGACUCGUCGUCAGCGAGUGAAUCGAGCAGUGCCGAAGAUUAGCAGCGGGAAGAGCUCUGGAAACGGGCGGGAAUGGGCGGAAACGGGUCCUCUGGGUCCUCUAGGUUCCUGGGGUUCUUGGGGUUCUUGGGUUCUCGGCGGGCCAUUGACGAGCGCUCGGCAGGUGCAGGGCGAGUCAUUGGCAGGCGGGGAAUGUGCGCUUGGAGGAGGCUUUGGACAAGAGUGGACAGGAGUGGGCAUGUGGCGGCGGGGCUUGGUUUCCAGAUUGGUUUCUAGUUUAGACAAAAGUUAUGGCGGGUCUUUGGUAUUCUUUGGGUCGUGUUUGAGUGUCAGCCUGGUUCGGGCCAGGAUUUACCAGUUUUGCGUUCCUUUACAUACGCGGAUCUCGUGUCGAGUCUAUGAUCCUUGGAAUCCUCUUUCAACACCUUAAUUCAUCAGUGGGGCGAGUAUGGGUAUAUUUACAGUGGUGUUAUGUGUGGGACAUGUAUU